UUUACAUAGCAUUGCAUUAAGUUUUUCUAGUUAAUUUCAAAAUUAAUUUUUAGGCGAACAUUUAAUUGCAAUAGACCUUGCAAUAAAGUAAAUAUACUUAAAAGGCAACUUAUUAAAAUUGAUAAAAUUUUUAAUAUAAAAUUUCACCAUUACUCUGAAGUUUUAGUAGAAAAAGAGACUUUUGUUUUAGUUCUAAUUGAUAACUUCCUCAUAUUUUCAAAAUGGAUGGAGAAUCAAAGAAACUUAUUGAUGAUUGUUUUUUAAGACCUAUUGCAGAUGCACGCUCAACAAACUCUACUACUGAGCCCAUUUCAACAAAAAAAAUGGUAAAGGCCGAAUUGCAAGUACUACGACUGUCGGAGGAGUCCCAAGAAAUGGUUAUGAAUACUUUGUAUAGCAUUCAUGGCACAGAUUUUCAAUUGCAUGAUGCAUCACACUAUAAAGAUAUGGGUGGGAAAUUUAAAAAAAGUUAUUGGGAAGACAGAGGUACUCUUGUAAUACAGGGUGCAACAAAUUUUGCGGAUUUUGAACCAAACGGGGAUAUUCAAGAAGUUGACCGUUUUCGUCUUUUUGCUAUUUCAAAAUUAGAAAGUUUUGGUUUUCCAAGUAGUCAUUGUGCUGAAGCUUUAGAUUUUUGUAAAGGAGACACGGAAGAAGCAUUAAAGUUACUUUUUUUGAAAUAUAUGAAAUGUAAAACAAGUGCGGGAGACAAUAAAAAAGAGGAAAUGAGUUUUGAUGAAAAUGAAUUGCUUGAAUUAAGAGAAGAUGAAAAAAUGGCAUUGGAAUCGAUUUACGAAAAAAAGUUUAAAGUUAAAGAAAAAAAUCGUAUCUGGUCUUUGCAAUUCAAAAUGGACUACCUUUUAUGUUUUAGCCCAUUUGAAGUAAGGAAAAAGGAAAAAGAAGUUUUACAAAAGCUUAAAAACGAAAAAAAGAAAGAUCCCUUGAAAGAUAUUUGUCGUAAUUAUGUAAAAGGUCACUGCAAAUUUGGCCACAGAUGUAGGUACUUACAUCGUUAUCCAGAAGAAAUACAAGAUAAUGUAGGGCUUGAAAAGAUUAACAAAAGAGAUGAAGAGCAUAACACUUUCUUUUUGGAAAUACGAUUUCCGGAAAAAUCGAAGUAUCCAUAUGAAGCUCCUUUAAUUUUUCUAAAAACAACAUGUCACGACAUUCCGAGAGAAAUACUUUUAAAGAUUUCUCGAAAGUUGUAUCGUGAAGCUCAGGAACUGGCUAAAGAUGGAAUGCCUUGUGUUUUCACUAUUUCGGAACAUUUGCAGAUGGAAGACGAAAUAUUAUCUUAUCUUAAACUAGAUAAUGAAGAAUUUUUGAAUAGCAAAUUAUCUCUUUUUUAUGAAGAAAGAAAUUGUGACAGUGGUUUGGAAAUUGACAUUAAAUUGAAGCCAACUCAUUACAAACUUGGUAGUAUUCACUCAAGUGAAGGCCAAAAACAAGAUCCAACAAAAAUAUCUAAUGAUGACAGAGACUUAGUAAAAAAAUUUUUAGACAAGCAAUCAAAUCCUAACUAUAAGUCCAUGCUGAAAGUACGACAAAGUCUUCCAGCUUGGAUGAAAAUGAAUGAAAUUCUGAAUACAAUUGAGGUUUCCCAAGUAGUAGUCAUAAGUGGAGAAACUGGUUGUGGUAAAUCGACUCAAGUUCCACAAUUUGUUUUGGAUAAUUGGUUAUUUCAAUCAUCUCAACUUCAAGAUGUUAAAGACGUCAAACAUGUUGAAAUACUUUGUACACAACCAAGACGGCUUUCAGCUAUAGGUGUAGCGGAGCGUGUUGCCGAAGAGCGCAAUGAAAGAGUUGGUAAAACUGUAGGCUACCAAAUACGUUUAGAAAAUAAAAUUUCUAAUAUUACACGAUUGACAUUUUGCACAACUGGAAUAUUGUUAAGACGUUUACAAUCAGAUCCAUACUUAGAGACAGUAAGUCAUAUAAUCGUCGAUGAAGUACAUGAACGAAGUGAAGAAACUGAUUUUUUACUCAUGAUUUUGAAAGAUAUUUUACCAAAGAGGCCAAAUUUAAAAGUAAUUUUAAUGUCAGCUACACUGAAUGCAAAUAUUUUUUCAAAAUAUUUUGGGAACGUUCCUGUUAUUGAUAUACCUGGUCGAACAUUUCCUGUUGAACAAAUAUUUCUAGAAGAAAUAGUUGAAAAAUCUGGAUUCGUCUUGGAAGCAGAUUCACAAUACUGCAGGAAAAUUUCAAAAAAAGAAACAGAAGAUUUAUUGAAUGAAAUUGAAUAUGCUGACAUACAAGCAAGUAAUGUCGCCCCGCCGAAAGGCAUUAAGGAUGAAAAUUUAAAUUUAGCAGCAAUUUAUGCCAGGUAUUGUGAUUAUUCCAGAACUACCUGCAAACAUAUUUAUCUAGCAGAUCCGAUGAAAAUUAAUCCAGAACUUAUAGAAAGUGUUUUAACUUACAUAAUUGAUGGUGAUCAUAAUUGGCCUCGGGAAGGUUCAAUUUUAAUAUUUUUACCUGGUUUAGCAGAAAUUCAAGCAAUUCAUGAUUCAUUAUGUGAUAAUCCAAAUUUCAGUCCUAGGUCAGGAAAAUAUAUAAUCGUUCCAUUGCAUUCCACAUUAACCAGUGAAGAACAAUCUCUUGUUUUCAAAAAGGCUCCUAAAGGGAAACGGAAAAUUGUUCUCAGUACAAAUGUAGCUGAAACAUCAAUAACUAUAGACGAUUGUGUAUUUGUUAUAGAUUAUGGAUUAAUGAAAGAAAAACACUUUGACUCAAAUAAAAAUAUGGAAUCAUUAGAAUUGGUUUGGGAAUCAAGAGCAAACGCUCUACAGAGAAAGGGUAGGGCAGGUCGUGUAAUGCCUGGUGUUUCUAUACACUUAUUUACCAGUCAUAGGUAUGAAAAUCAUCUUUUAAGUCAACCAAUACCAGAAAUCCACAGAGUACCUUUAGAACAACUUUUGUUAAGAUUGAAAACUUUAAGAAUUUUUUCUGAUAGAAAUGUAAUAGAGGUUAUGGGAAAUAUUGUGGAACCACCAACUGAAGAAAGCAUUGUAACGGCUAUAGAAAGAUUGCAAGAUAUUGGAGCUUUUGAUGAAGACCAAAAUUUAACAGCCCUAGGACAUCAUUUGAGUGCGUUACCAGUGGAUGUACGCAUUGGAAAACUUAUGCUUUUUGGAGCCAUCUUUCAUUGUUUAGAUAGUGUCUUAACAAUUGCGGCUUGUUUAAGUUUCAAAUCGCCAUUUGUUUGUCCGUUCAAUAAAAGAGAUGAAGCUGAACGCAAGAAACGUAGCUUUGCAAUUCACAACAGUGAUCAUUUGACAAUUUUAGCCGCUUAUAAAAAAUGGUUAGAGUAUAGUAAAAAAAGCCGUUAUUCUGGAAAAUGCUUUGCAGACGAAAAUUUUUUAUCGAUAAAGACACUAGAAACAAUUAUUGAUAUUAAAUAUCAAUUCCUAGAAUUGUUGGUGUCGAUUGGCUUUGUGCCGAUUGAUUUACCAUCAAAAAAAAGUACCUCUAAUGACAACAUUGCUCAAUUGACUGGACUUCAAUUGAAUGAAAAUUGUGAUAAUAAUAGACUUUUAGUGUCACUUUUAUGUGCUGCUUUAUAUCCAAAUAUUGUCAAAGUUUUAACACCGGAGAAAAUAUUUACAAUGACUUCCGGUGGAGCCUUGCCUAAAGUAGUUCAAGCAUCUGAUCUACGAUUUAAGACAAGGGAAGAUGGAUAUGUGGCUAUACAUCCCUCAUCCACUAAUUCACAGUGUGGUCAUUUCACAUCUCCAUUUUUGAUAUACCAAGAGAAAAUAAAAACUUCUAGGAUUUUUAUUCGAGAAUGUACAAUGAUUCCAUUAAAACCACUUGUGUUCUUUUCGGGCAGUGACUUGAAAAUUGAGUUACAUGACGGAGACUUUGUCAUUAUAAUGGAUAAAGGUUGGAUUUUGCUGAAGGCUCAAACAUUAAAAGUGGCUGAAAUGAUUCAAUGCUUACGAUUAGAAUUAUUAAAAUUGCUGGAAGAAAAAAUAAAAGAUCCAUUAUUAAAUUUAUUAAAUCAUGAAAAUGGGAAAAAAAUCAUUGCUACAAUCAUUCAUUUAGUCACAAAAGAUUGAUGAUAUAAAAUUCUAAGGAAAAAAAUUUAUUUGUUUAGCUAAAUUUAAGAACUACAUACAUAGAUGUGUUUCAAAUGCAGUUCAUAUUAAAAAUUUAUAAAUAUCUAAACGUUGUACAUACGUAUAUACAAACAUAUGUAUAAGAUAAGU